GCCGUCCCGCCGUAUCCAUACGAGUGUGCACACAGGAAAUGCCCACAAAAUGCGGAAAGGUCAAAUAAUAGAGGGAAAAAAGUCAGAUGGGGAAAUAACAAAACUUGGAACAGCAAACGGCAAUCCUUAUUCAAACGGGCAAACUUUUAUACCUUCGGGUAGAGACCGGUAGAGUCAGCCACGAGGGGCUGCCCGAAAAUAAAACCCUCGCAAACGCAAAAAGUUGACGAAAACAGCCUUGUUUCAGAGUAUAUUUAUUUAUAAAGCACUACUAGCCUGUAGGUGCUUGCGACGAAGAAGCUUGCCACGCUUGCCAUUCAUUUUUCCAACAUUUCCUUGUCAUUGUUCACAGAGCCUUCGCCUUCCUCUCCCAACAGCUCCACUACUACUACCACUACGUACAACUACUUCUGCGGAUGCACCGGGCCUGGCUGGGACGGGCCCAAGUGGGGUCAGAAUGCUUCCCCCGACUUCCGAUGCGCCCCUCCCCCCGCCGGCCCUCCCGCAGCAGGCCCACGCCCGCCCGUGUGCCCGGGCCCAGGGUGGUGGGGACCCCGAGGGGGGCCCCCACGACCCAAGUCGUAUAAAACGGAGCGGCGUGACCCUGCUCAUCGCACUCCGCCAGCCUCCGCCGCACGGAUACAGCAUGCACUCACAGAUGCUCCGCCUCGCCGUCGUGGCCGUUCUGGUCUGCGGGACGGUGGUGCGCGCCGAGCCCCCGAGUCCCAGCAGGCAGUACCUGUCGCCGUCCGGUGGCGGUGGCCACGGCGGUCACGGCCAGCAGGCCGCCGGCCUCAGCCAGGACUACGGCGUGCCCGGCCAGGCGCCCGGACGGCCGAUCUCCAGCUACAGCCCCUCCGGCGGCGACCUGACGGGCUACGGCCAGCAGCCCCCGCCACGCUCCGGCGCCACGUCCUUCGCCGCCUCCGGCCCGGCGCCGUCCAGCCCGACCUCCGACUUCGGCGCCGUGAUCGCGGGCAUGCGCGGCAAGCCCUCCAGGAACUACAUGACGCCGUCCGGGCCCGCCGGACAGCGUGGAGGUGCGAGGCCGGCGCCGUCCUCCAGCUACGGCGCAAGCUCCGACAACGGACAGACCGCGGCGGUGUUCGGAGGCGACGGCGAGGACGACGCGUCCGGGUUCGCGAACAAGGCUGGAGCAGUGUCGCCCGCCAGCGGGUACGGCGCACCUGCACCCACCGCUGGCGGAUUCGGGGGACCGUCUCGCGGGUUCGGCGCCCGCAUGCGUCCGACGGGCUUCGGGGGUAACCAGAGAGCGCCCGCCACAAACUACGGCGCGCCCGGCGGCAACCACGGGCCGUCGGCCCCCGCCGGAAACUACGGAGCCCCUAACCCCACCAGCAACUACGGCGCUCCUGCUCUUUCCAGCAACUUUGGCGCCCCUGCACCUGCUAGCAACUUUGGUUCUUCAGCACCUGCCGGAAACUAUGGCGCCCCAGUACCCCCCAGCAACUACGGUGCUCCUGCACCUGCCAGCAACUUUGGCGCCCCUGCACCUGCCAGCAACUUUGGUUCUUCUGCACCUGCCGGAAACUAUGGUGCCCCUGCACCUGCCAGCAACUUUGGUUCUUCAGCACCGGCCGGAAACUAUGGCGCACCAGCACCCGCCAGCAACUACGGUGCCCCUGCACCUACCAGCAACUUUGGCGCCCCCGCACCUGCCAGCAACUUUGAUUCUUCUGCACCUGCCGGAAACUAUGGCGCCCCAGCACCCGCCAGUAACUACGGCGCCCCUGCACCUGCCAGCAACUUUGGCGCUCCUGCUCCUGCCAGCAACUAUGGUGCGCCUGCACCUGCUAGCAACUACGGAGCCCCUGCUACACCUGCGGGCAACUUCGGCUCUCCCGCCCGUGGAGGUCCCAGACGUCAACCAAGUGGGCCCAGGCCCGGAGGCUUUGGUGGCCAUCACAAUCUGGCAGCCCCUUCUGGACCGUCUGACGCCCCUUCUGCUCCCGCUAGUGGACGCCGGCCUCAGUUCUCCCCGCGUGGCCGUGCUCCGGCUGGUCCUUCCGCUAACUACGGCGCCCCAUCGGCCAAACCCUCAUCGCAGUACGGGCCGCCCGCUGCCAACCCCUCAUCGCAGUACGGCCCGCCCGCUGCCAACCCCUCAUCGCAGUACGGCCCGCCCGCUGCCACCCCCUCAUCGCAGUACGGACCUCCCGCUGCCAAACCGUCAUCUCAGCUCCACGCACCCAGCGGCCCGUCUGGUCACUUCGGCGGCAGUGCUAACUUCGGUGGCCCUGCAGCUGGCCCAUCUUCGCCGUUCGCUCGCCCAACGCCCUCCAGGCCCCUGAGUGCUCCUUCAGCCCAACACGGCGCCCCGUCUGGGCCUGCCUUUAACUACGAAGGAGCUGCAAAUCUACCAACGCCCUUCAACAAACCAUCUGCGCCUUCAUCCCAGUACGGUGCUCCCGCUGCCAACCCUUCCUCCCAGUACGGUGCUCCCGCUGCCAACCCCUCCUCCCAGUAUGGUGCUCCCGCUGCCAACCCCGCCUCCCAGUACGGCGCUCCCGCUGCCAACCCCUCCUCCCAGUACGGUGCUCCCGCUGCCAACCCCUCAUCGCAGUAUGGUGCUCCCGCUGCCAACCCCGCCUCCCAGUACGGCGCUCCCGCUGCCAACCCCUCUUCGCAGUACGGUGCUCCCGCUGCCAACCCCUCCUCCCAGUACGGCCCGCCAUCGGCUGACCAGGACCAAGGCCAGGAUCAAGGCCAGGGCUACGGCCCGUCUAGCGGCGGCGAGGAGGAGACCACGGAACCCGCCAAGUACCAGUUCAUGUACGAGGUGGACGCCCCAGAGUUCGGCACCAAGUUCGGCCACAAGGAGGAGCGGGACGGUGACGUCGCCAAGGGCAUGUACCACGUGCUGCUGCCCGACGGCCGCACCCAGAAGGUCGAGUACGUCGCCGACCAGGACGGCUACCGACCCGAGGUCAGCUACGAGGGCGGCGACCAGCUGGGCGACCAGCAGGGCGGCCAGCAGGGCGACCAACAAGGCUACGAGUACCCACAGCCCCAGGGCGCGGAGGGCCAAGGACAGCAGCCCGACGAUCAGCAGGGUGCGCAGCAGGGUGACCAGGGCGCCGCUAACCUCGCCGGCCAGUCCGGACCCUACUAUUGAUCUCUGCGAGGUGCGCGAACCUGCGACGGCCUUCUUGGACAUUUAUGACGGCUCCUGCUUUAAUUGUAAUUCUAAAGGGAACUUUUUGUAAGUGUUCAGGAAGUGUGGGAUUCAGUGAAUGUCAUGCUGAUGAUAUUCACCGACGGAAAAUGUACAAAUUACCUGGUGCAUCCGCGUGAUCCCGCUCUAACCCAAUCAACCAUGGUUACCAUACUCAUUUGUCAAGUCUCUGGCCAUUACUGUAUUUAUUGUUUAAUUUAUGUGAUAUUAACAAAGCUGAACCGAUCUCGUACCUCAUGUGUAGAACGGCCUGCGACAAUAGUUUUUCAGGGCCCAUUAUAUGAACGGGUUGCAACGAUCAUGAAUAGGCUAUGCAUCUCGCGUAUGAAGAAUGUGAUAUAUUUUUUUUU